UAUACGUUUGGCAUUCAGCCGCUGAGUGCGUGAAAAUAUUGCUAUACAUUCAUUCUAUAAGGAAACGUUGACAAUGGAAGACUAACAGCAACCAAAUUACUUUUUAAAUUCCUUUAUAAAAAUUUUCGCGAGCGUCAUAGAAACAUAAUUAAAUAUAGUAUGACGUUCGGCAACGCUGUUCCGAUGUCAGAAGUAUUUGUUAUAUUAGUCUAGUGGCCGCGUACUUCCCGUAGUGACGUAGUAUUCAUUGAGGCAAAGCCUUCGUGCGCGGGCGGCGAGCUCAGUGGCGGUGUGAUCUAUCCGCGGAACACACGCACUCCAAAAAAUACCGGCGACUACACAAUUAACAACAUCAGUGUACAAAACAAAAUCGAAAAACAAGUGCUGGUUAUAUUUUGAAUUUGGAGUCGCCGGCCGGCAUCCUAACCUCAACGCUAUGGAAGCGGCGCACGCGCAACGCUGCUCGGAUAUUUGACCGUAUGCCACAAACGGUGCCGCGGUCCGGGUGCAGCCCGCCUUCGGCGUCUCAGGGCGAGAGAGCGGUCCCCGCCUCGCCCGCUGACUUACAACACCUCCUCCGCCUGCUCGGCGCUGCAUCCCCACCAGAAUCGAUGCUGCACUCUCCACCCAACCCACACAAUAAACCACCCCCACCCUACCCUGAAGACAAUACAAAUAACGUCUUCCUGGAACGCUUAUACGAUUUCGAGGGUUAUCCUACUCCUUCGCCAUCUUCAGACGAAGGUUCAAUUCCCACAGUGGCGCUGCAGCCCGCUUCCCCCUACAGUUCCCUUCAGCCCGCCUCACCUUACAACUCUCUUCAGUACAACUCUCCACAAGUGUACAUCAAAGAAGAGCCAAACAGACUUGCCGUGCCCGGCUUCGCAUCUCCUUACCCGCUCUCUCCAUCGGGAUCCUGUGUAUCAUACGGAAGCCACAAUCAAUACUCCUCGCCAGUUCCUCAACACGACGAAUACAUAGACAUUGAAGAGCUCUUAAAAGAAAAUCAGAUACUACAAGACAGUGUCCAACAGAGCUACAUCACACCAAAAAUCGAAGUUGAAGAGCCAAGGGAUCACAUUCUUCUGAGAUCAGCGUUAGAAGACACAUCUUUCCAAAAAAGGUUAAAUCUCAGACCAAUUCCACUGGAGUUGGGCAGUGUUAAAAUGGAAGAGAGCAGUGGAGGCGACGACUCUCUCGUAGCGCCAGAUAUAGACCGCGUACUCAACAUGGCCAUCGAACAGACCAAGAGGGAUGUGGACAACACCUGCACAGUGCUCGGCAUCUCACCUGAUCCGAUGCUGUGGAGUACCGGAGACGUUAAGGCAUGGGUGAUGUUCACGUUACAACAUUACAACCUACCGAUGGUUCCGAUAGAGAACUUCACAAUGGAUGGUGCAGCACUCGUUGCACUUACAGAAGAGGAAUUCAAUCACAGAGCUCCACAGGCGGGCAGUACGCUCUACGCCCAGUUGGAGAUCUGGCGAACGUCACAGCGGUCUGAUCAUCAGCAGAUGUCAGCAUCGCCUAUACCUGCGCCAGCUUGCUUACCGUCAGCCGACGACAUGAGUGAUGGGUUGGCAAAAAAUCAAGAGUUAGCAACGGAUAAGAUAGAUGAAGAUUCGGAAUCAGCGGGGACGAGUACGACGGCCGGUGGCGGUAAGGUCAAGACCGGGAGUACUCACAUACAUCUCUGGCAGUUCCUCAAAGAACUUCUCGCGUCUCCUCAUGUACACGGCUCGGCGAUACGGUGGUUAGACCGAAGUAACGGCGUGUUCAAGAUUGAGGAUUCAGUGCGUGUCGCCAGGCUCUGGGGCAAGAGAAAGAACAGACCCGCGAUGAACUACGACAAGCUGUCGAGGAGUAUCAGACAGUACUACAAGAAGGGGAUCAUGAAGAAAACUGAGAGGAGUCAGAGGCUCGUCUACCAGUUCUGCCACCCGUACUCCCUAUAGAUAUCGUAGGCUAUUUAAGUUAUGUACAUAAUUUAUUUACGUUGUAUAUAAGGGCGUGCGCCGCGGUAAUGCGGCCGGGACGAUGGCUGGUUGCGGUUUGCGGCGCCAUCGCAAAUCGCAGCGCAGUCGCCGAGUUUGUUGACUGCCGAAUUUUCACCGACCUUUGUGUCGACUUGUCAGUCGUAAGGCGGGAAUUAAUAGGCGUCAUUACACUAUCCCUCCAUACAAUUCGGGAAAGGUAAUUUUCUCUGGAAUUCUAUUGGACGGGACUAUUUGCUGUGUUAUGUAUUAAGUUAUUUUUACCAGCGACUAGACGAUCGCGACCCGAUUUUUCGAGUUAACAAUGGGUUACCCUCGUCGAAAGUUGGUAAUGUUUAUCCCAUAUAUCUAUGAUAUAUUUCUAGUACGUUCUAUGAACUUAUAGUUAGUUAAGUGUUCUGUAAAUAUUAAGAAAAAAUGCGUCCUCUGUUGUUUUGGUACUCAGAAUAGUGAUGUCAUCGAGAUUAUUCUCAUUUUAAGUUAAAUUGUAAAAUAUUAUUUUUAUAAAAUAUGAAAAUAAGAAAAAUGACAGUGUUAUUUUAUAUUAAAAAUAUUUAAAAAUGACGAGUUACGUCACGUAUUGCAAUAAUUAAGUUUAGUAUUAGUUUUAAUGUUGGCGGUGGAUUUAUCUGAAGCUUCUUUUGAUUUGAAAUUAAUUAUAGUUUUGUGCCAAAUAGACGUUUAUUUAUUCGGGACAAAAGUGUAUUGUAAAUUGCUUGUAAAUUGUAUAUCCCGCCGAUUGUAAAUAUUGUAUUGUGGAAAA